AUGGCUGUCUGGCAAUGGUUCAAGAACAUACCGCCCAAGACGCGCAUGAUCAUUGGCGUGGGCGUCAUGGCGUAUGCGGGCGCUGGCCUCUACAUAUCCGACAAGGCUGAGGAGAAAUUUGGCCUCACCCCAACCGAGAAAGACAGGGAAGAGCUGCGAGACGCCAUACCUAAAGUUUCAACUGUUGAGAAGAGGUUAUGA